CUAGCAGCAUCCACCCGGCGGCAGGCGGGAGCCAUCGAAGCCCGGAAGGCUGCAGAGUACGCCAGCCACUUGGAGUCCAGCUCGCCCCUACUACUUCUUCUCUUCUUUUCCCUUUGGCUCCCACCCGCCGAGGUCCGACUGGUCUUUUCGCCUUUGCCAAGUCUAGGGAGGGGGUUAGGAGCAGCCGCGCCCCCCUCCCCUCGGCAGCCGCCCCCCCUCCCGAUUUCUCAAUUCCUCUCACUGCCGCGUGCGCCCGGGCCCGUGCGCCCCGGCAGCGCCAGCCAUGUCGAUGCUGCCGUCGUUUGGUUUUACGCAAGAGCAAGUGGCUUGCGUGUGCGAGGUUUUGCAGCAAGGCGGAAACCUGGAACGCUUGGGCAGGUUCUUGUGGUCACUGCCUGCCUGCGAUCACCUGCACAAGAACGAGAGCGUGCUCAAGGCCAAGGCGGUGGUCGCCUUCCACCGCGGCAACUUCCGUGAGCUAUACAAGAUCCUGGAGAGCCACCAGUUCUCGCCUCAUAACCACCCAAAACUGCAGCAGCUAUGGCUGAAAGCUCACUAUGUGGAGGCCGAGAAACUUCGCGGCCGACCCCUGGGUGCCGUGGGCAAAUAUCGGGUGCGCCGAAAAUUCCCACUGCCGCGAACUAUCUGGGAUGGCGAGGAGACUAGCUACUGCUUCAAGGAGAAGUCACGAGGCGUGCUGCGGGAGUGGUACGCGCACAACCCCUACCCCUCGCCGCGGGAGAAACGGGAGCUGGCCGAGGCCACUGGCCUCACCACCACCCAGGUCAGCAACUGGUUUAAGAACCGGAGGCAAAGAGACCGGGCCGCCGAGGCCAAGGAAAGGGAGAACACUGAAAACAAUAACUCCUCCUCCAACAAGCAGAAUCAACUCUCUCCUCUGGAAGGGGGCAAGCCGCUCAUGUCCAGCUCAGAAGAGGAAUUCUCACCUCCCCAAAGUCCAGACCAGAACUCGGUCCUACUGCUACAAAGCAAUAUGGGCCACGCCAGGAGCUCAAACUAUUCUCUUCCAGGCCUAACAGCCUCACAGCCCAGCCAUGGCCUGCAAGCUCAUCAGCAUCAGCUCCAAGACUCUCUACUGGGCCCACUCACCUCCAGUCUGGUAGACUUGGGUUCCUAAGUGGAGAGGUACUGCCUGCCCCCCCCCCCCCCAAGGAUGGCUGGAGCAGCAGCAACCAAGCGCAGCAACUAGGGACACUUGUACAUAGAAGCCAGGAACAAUUCUGCAGCUUGUUUCUGGAGUUCUUUGUGGAGAAGAGAACGACGGGGUUUCACAAAUGUCUUUUUAAAA